AUGCAAGAUAAAUCCAUAUUUACUAUCAGCGCUCCAGGUUGGGAAUUUGUUCCCGUUGACAGUUCCCUUCCUCCAAUCUUCAUGUUUACGACUACUAAGCUAUUAUAUUGUAAUGUUCAAUGUCAUCAACGUAUAGAUUGUCGAACGUUUGAUUUUGAUAGUGAUUCAGGACAAUGUCGCUUAUGGGACACUGAUCUAACAACUGGUUCUAUUGUUGUCUCAAUUUCGAAGCCCAAAUCUUCGGUCGGCACUGUUCAAUUAUCAUCCAAUAUUUAUGGCAAUAUUUAUAAUCAAACCUGUGAUCAAUGUGCUCAAAGUCGAUAUUUAACAAAAGAUACAAACAGCAAUACUUGUCAAUGUCCUUCGAAGACAUUUUGGAAUGGUUCAAUGUGUUUGUCACAGUUACUUCGAAAUCAAACUUGUUCGAGAGUAGAUGCAUGUCGAUCAAAUUUCAAUCUUACUUGUCAACCAAGUUGCGAUUUACCUUAUCGAUGCACAACUCGUAAGUUACUCUGA